GUCCUGGGCGCCGCCCGACUGCAGCUGUACGGGCUGUGUGCCUCGGGCGGGGAUGCGCUGUGGAAUCGGGACCUGUGUCUGAUGUUCUGCCUGCUCAAGUCCUGUUUCUCCCUAAAAGAAGAAAAUGACUGAAUGUCAGGCAACAGUGACAUUCAGAGAUGUGGCUAUUGACUUCACCCAGGAAGAGUGGAAACAGUUGGACCCUGCACAGAGAGACCUUUACCGGAAUGUAAUGCUAGAAAACUAUAACAACUUAAUCACAGUAGGUUAUCCAGUUGCCAAACCUGAUGUGAUUUUCAAGUUGGAACAAGAAGAAGAACCAUGGGUGGUAGAGGAUGAAGUGCUAAGGAGACACUGCCCAGGAGUAAUAUGGAACACUAAUGAACAUCAAAAAAUCCAGGACAGACUAUUGAGAGAAGUUUUUAAGAAAACACUGACUGAAGAAAAAGUCAAUGAAUGUCAUAAAUUUGAAGGUAUAUUUCCUCUAAGCUCAGAUUUUAUUCCUUCCAGAAAUGAUGUAUAUGAAUAUGACUCAUUUGGGAAGUGUUUAGAACAUAAUUUUGACUCUCAUAAUAAUGUGAAAUACCUUAUGAAAAAGGAACAUUUUGAGUUUGAUGAAGCUAUAACAUCAUAUGAUGAUUGUUCAUCCUCUCUUGACACGACCCCCUUCAAAUGUGAUCAUUGUGGAAAAGGCUUUAGUCAAAGAUUAGACCUCAUCAGACAUCUGAGAUUUCAUAAUGGAGAGAAACCCUAUGACUGUAACAAAUGUAGGAAAACCUUUAGCCACAAGGAUAAACUCAUUAAACAUCUUAAUGUUCAUAGUAGGGACCAAACUUAUGAAUGUAAUGAAUGUGGGAAAAUUUUUAUUAAAAUGUCAAACCUCAUUCGACAUCAAAGAAUCCACACUGGAGAGAAACCCUAUGCAUGUAGAGACUGUGGGAAAUCUUUCAGCCAGAAAUCAAAUCUCAUCGAUCAUGAAAAGAUUCACACUGGAGAGAAACCUUACGAAUGUAACGAAUGUGGAAAAGCCUUCAGCCAGAAGCAAAGCCUUAUCGCACAUCAGAAAGUUCAUACUGGGGAGAAGCCUUAUGCAUGUAAUGAAUGUGGCAAAGCCUUUCCUCGAGUUGCCUCCCUUGCUCUUCAUAUGAGAAGUCAUACAGGAGAAAAACCCUAUAAAUGUGAUAAAUGUGGAAAGGCCUUCUCUCAGUUUUCCAUGCUUAUUAUACAUGUGAGAAUCCACACGGGUGAGAAGCCCUAUGAAUGCAAUGAGUGUGGCAAAGCCUUUUCUCAAAGCUCUGCCCUUACUGUACACACAAGGAGUCACACAGGUGAGAAGCCCUAUGAAUGUAAAGAGUGUAGAAAAGCUUUCAGCCACAAGAAAAACUUUAUUACCCACCAGAAAAUUCAUACUCGAGAGAAACCCUAUGAAUGUAAUGAGUGUGGGAAAGCUUUUAUUCAGAUGUCAAAUCUCGUUAGACACCAGAGAAUUCAUACUGGAGAAAAACCCUAUAUCUGUAAAGAAUGUGGCAAAGCUUUUAGUCAGAAAUCUAAUCUCAUUGCUCAUGAAAAAAUUCAUUCUGGAGAAAAACCCUAUGAAUGUAAUGAAUGUGGUAAAGCCUUCAGUCAGAAGCAAAACUUUAUUACACACCAGAAAGUUCAUACUGGAGAGAAACCUUAUGACUGUAAUAAAUGUGGUAAAGCCUUUUCUCAGAUUGCAUCCCUUACUCUUCACUUGAGAAGUCACACUGGAGAAAAGCCUUAUGAAUGUGAUAAGUGUGGGAAAGCCUUCUCUCAGUGCUCACUGCUUAAUUUACAUAUGCGAAGUCACACCGGUGAGAAGCCCUAUGUCUGUAAUGAGUGUGGGAAAGCCUUCUCUCAAAGAACUUCCCUCAUUGUGCAUAUGAGAGGUCAUACAGGUGAGAAGCCGUAUGAAUGUAAUAAGUGUGGAAAAGCUUUCUCUCAGAGCUCAUCCCUUACUAUACAUAUACGAGGGCACACAGGUGAGAAACCCUUUGACUGCACCAAAUGUGGAAAAGCCUUCUCUCAGAUCUCAUCUCUUACUCUUCACAUGCGGAAGCAUACAGGUGAGAAGCCCUAUCACUGUCUUGAGUGUGGCAAAGCUUUCAGCCAAAAGUCACACCUGGUUAGACACCAGAGAAUUCAUAUUCAUUGAGAAUCAGGUGAAUUUCAUGGCAUAUUAUAUGAUCAGUUCUAGAGCAGAAAGGUAUGAAUAUAGGAAAACCUUAGGAAGAAGUCAAACACAAUUCUCACCACGGUGAGCAAUAAAUUGACCAUUAAAAACCUUCAGUGGACACCUUACUUAUGGAUAAAAUCAAUAUUCAAGUCUGACAGACAAUGUCUACUAUUGGCUAUCAACAUAACUUUUGAAUUCCUAGCUAAUCUAUUAAUAAGCAAAAAAAGGAGAAAUUAAGAACUAUAAAAUAAACCUUUUACAUAAGAAUUAGAUAAUGUGUUGAUUAUAAAGAAUACAGCAAUGAGUGACAAUUUUAUUUAUAAAGUUAUAAAACAUGUUGAAGGACACAAAAGAACACCUGCAAAUUGAAGAGGAAUGAAAUUAUGGCUGCAAAGAGAAUAUUGUAAAAAUGUAAGUACCCUUCCAAAUCUCUUGACUUUAAUGUACUUCCACUCAUAUUUUACAUGUUAAUUAUAGUUGAAGGAAUUCCGAAAGCAUUUUAAAAUGUUAUGUGGAAAGGUAAAGGACACAAAUGUUGAAACAAAUUUGAUAACACAAAACAAGUAGGGAAUACACACUCUAAUAGACAUUCUAACAGACUAUUAAAAGCUAUUGUGAUUUACUAUGCCAUUGACUGUAUAAAUAAACCAGUGGAAAAAAGUAGGGACUAUCAUUGAGGUAGGGGAACUUUGUGAAUGCUAGGGCUAUGAAAAUGACAGAGGCAAGGACAGCCUACCCAAUAAGUGGAAGGUUUAUAUGGUCACAAAAUACUAGUAUCUGUUGGGAGCUGGUGGCUCACGCUUGUAAUCCCAGCUCCUCAGGAGGCUGAGAU